UUGACCUCGUAAAGCCCGUCAACUCUGAACCCUCAAAGACAAAGUCACCCACCUCUUCACUUCCUCUUUAUCCCCCCUUCAUUUCCACAACCUCAAACCACCCAAAAUCUCCACCCACCCACCACCACCACCGUCCAUGGCGGACCUUGUCAAACACAUCCUCGCAAGACCCAUCCAACUCGCCGAUCAAGUCAUCAAGUUCGCCGACGAAGCCUGCAACAACAAACAAGACUGCGCAGAACUCAAAUCCAAAACAGAAAAACUCGCCGGUCUCCUCCGACAAGCCGCACGUGCCAGCAAUGAUCUCUACGAACGCCCCACUAAACGUAUCAUCGACGACACCGAACAGGUUCUAGAUAAAGCUCUUACUCUCACCCUUAAGUGUCGAAACAAUGGUUUCGUCAAGCGUGUCUUUACUUUAAUUCCGGCAGCUGCCUUUAGGAAGAUGUCGUCUCAGCUUGAGAAUUCCAUUGGUGAUGUGUCAUGGCUGUUACGUGUGUCUGCUCCGAAUAACAAUAAUGAUGAGUAUUUAGGGCUUCCUCCUAUUGCUGCUAAUGAGCCUAUAUUAUGUUUGAUUUGGGAGCAAAUUGCUAUUUUGUAUACUGGAACUUUGGAUGACAGGUCGGAUGCUGCCGCUUCGCUUGUUUCGCUAGCCCGCGAUAAUGAUCGGUAUGGGAAAUUGAUCAUUGAGGAGGGAGGGGUUGUUCCGUUGCUGAAGUUGGUUAAAGAGGGGAAGCCGGAAGGGCAGGAGAAUGCGGCGAAUGCGAUCGGGUUGCUUGGACGGGAUGAUGAGAGUGUUGAGAUGAUGAUUCAUGCUGGUGUUUGUCAGGUGUUUGUGAAGGUUUUGAAAGAGGGGCCGAUGAAAGUGCAGGCGGUGGUUGCGUGGGCGGUUUCGGAGCUUGUGAAGCAUUAUCCCAAGUGUCAGGAUAUGUUUGCGCAGCAUAGUAUUGUGAGGUUGCUCGUUGGGCAUCUUGCGUUUGAGACGGUUGAAGAGCAUAGUAAGUAUGCGAUUACUAGUGUUAAACCGACUUCUAUUCAUGCUGUUGUGUUAGCUAGUAAUAAUCCGAACGCGGUUCAUGAGAGUUCUAAUAACAAGUUAACAAAUGAUGAUGAGUUCAAGAGUCGAGUUUCUCAUCCUUCUGGUUUGAAGAACCAGCAACCGUUUAAAAUGCAUAAUGUCGUUGCUAGCACCAUGACUAUGAAAGACGGGGUUAAACCUAGCAACGGGUUGUUACCAGAUUCGCAUCAGAAGCUGAACGUUCAUCACAGUUCAAGUCUUUCAAUGUCGGCCAAUGGCUUACACAAAGGGAGGGAGUUAGAGGACCCUGAAACAAAAGCUCGUAUGAAAUCAAUGGCUGCACGCGCUCUUUGGUAUCUUGCCAAAGAUAAUUCCACCAUUUGCAGAAGCAUUACCGAGUCACGAGCUCUACUUUGCUUUGCUGUUCUGUUAGAGAAAGGCCCGGAAGAAGUUAAAUUCAACUCAGCAAUGGCGGUCAUGGAAAUUACUAGUGUAGCUGAGCAAGAUCCUGAUUUGAGAAGAUCCGCUUUUAAGCCGAAUUCACCGGCUUGCAAAGCUCUUGUCGAGCAGUUACUACAAAUUAUUGAAAAAGCAGACUCGCGACUCUUACUUCCAUGUGUUCGAGCCAUUGGAAACCUGGCUAGAACUUUUCGUGCCACAGAGUCACGAAUGAUCCAACCGUUGGUUCAGCUUCUCGAGGAACGAGAGGCCGAGAUUACUAAAGAAGCCGUCAUUGCAUUGACGAAAUUCGCGUGCUCAGAAAACUACCUCCACCUUGAUCACUCAAAGGCUAUUAUCGGCGCUGGUGGAGCAAAACACUUGAUCCAGUUGGUGUAUUUCGGGGAGCAUAUGGUUCAAACCCCUUCACUGACUCUUUUAUGCUACAUUGCUCUACAUGUGGCCGAUAGUGAAGAUCUCGCACAAGCUGAAGUGCUGACUUUUCUUGAAUGGGCGUCAAAACAGUCCCAUUUGAUCCCGAAUGAAAAGGUGGAGACCCUUUUACAUGAGUCCAAAAGCAGGUUGGAGCUGUUUCAAUCUAGAGGAUCAAGGGGUUUUCAUUAGAAUUAGUUUAUUUUUAUGCUAUGUUUUAAUUUACUAGCCAACAUAUGUGCUUGCUGUUUGUUGCUAAGUAGGGUAUAUAGUAUUUAUUCAUGAAAAUUGAAAAUUGUUUUCAAGAUUUUGUUUUGUAUAUGCUUGCUUAGUGUGAUGAUAUUUAAAUGAAAGACAGUGGUCUAGUUUUAUUAUAUUA